AGUGAGGUAGGUGGCGGUAAUGCAAGUGUCACCAGUUUGCGCGUCGCUAAGGGAGUUCAGAAGAAGAGGGAAUAAAUAGAAAGUUACCGACAUCAGACCGUGAAGCCAUGGCUCAGGAAAGGAAGGCAGGUCUGCUUAGGAGGACAUCUUCAUCUAAGAAACCCCUUAAGGAGAAGGUGGUACUGAUGUAUGAUGAAAUAUUUACGAAAGAUGACCCUGCCAAGACUAACCCUCGUUUCUGGGAUGAGCUCUUUUUGAUGAAGGUAAACUUGGAAUAUCUGGAGGCAAAGCUGACAUCUCUAGAUGGCGAUGAAGUGGUGAUGAUCAAGGAAAACAUCAAUAGUCUGUUCCACCAUUGUGUACAGGCUUUAGAAGAAGAGCACCAGAUCAAAGUAGUCAAUGCUCUGCAGACUCUCUGUGCCUUGUUUAGAGGAGUACACCAGAAAAACAAAUCAGCUACAGGUUUUGACAUUAUAAACAUGCUGGUGGGAUUUGACAAAGCUGACCUCAGAAUGAAGGACCUAAUGGAGAGCCUAGAUGGUUUGCUGUGUGGGGAUGGUUCAGAAAGCCUGAAGAGCCUGUGCCUAAAGCUUCUGCUGUGUCUGGUUACUGUCACAGACAACAUCAGUCAGAAUACUAUAUUGGAAUAUGUCAUGAUCAAUAGCAUAUUUGAGGCCAUUUUACAGAUUCUGUCUGAUGUGUCCAGUAGAGGGCAACAUGGGUAUGAUGCUGUGGUCCUUUUAGCUCUCUUAGUGAACUACAGGAAAUAUGAGUCUGUGAACCCUUACAUUGUGAAGUUGUCUAUAGUGGACGACGAGUCAACUUUAGAUGGUAUGGGUAUGGUUGUCCAUCAGGCUCUUACAGAAUACAAUAGACAGUACAAAGACAAAGAGGAGGAGGACCAUGGAGGUUUUUUUUCCACACUGACCAACAUGGUAGGCAGUAUGUUCAUUGCUGAUGCAGAGGAGAAGCUGUCAGUGCAGACCAAUGAGGCAAUCCUUCUUGCUCUGUAUGAAGCAGUUCAUCUCAACCGAAACUUUAUUACUGUUCUUGCACAAAGUCAUCCAGAAAUUGACAUGGCAGCCACCCCUGUAUCCACUCUCCCAGCCACACCUACUACACCACUAGGCACUACCCCUCCUUCUCUGGACAUGCUGAACAAUCCUGAGCUGCCAUUAGACCCCAACCUGCAGACGAGUAACCUGCUCAUCACAUUCCUCAAGUACUCCUCAAUUGUCAUGCAAGACACCAAAGAUGAACACAGACUUAACAGUGCUCGACUGUGCCUCAUCAUUCUUACCUGUAUAGCUGAGGACCAGUAUGCUGAUGCCUUUCUUCAUGAUGACAACAUGAACUUCAGAGUAAAUUUGCACAGAAUGCCAAUGCGACAUAGAAAGAAAGCUGCAGCCAAGAACAUCCCCUCACGGCCCCUGGUGUGUGCUGUCUUGGAUUUGAUGGUUGAGUUCAUAGUCACUCACAUGAUGAAGGAAUUUCCUAUGGAUCUCUACAUGAGGUGUGUACAAAUAAUUCACAAGCUGAUUUGCUAUCAAAAGAAGUGCAGGGUUAGGCUACACUAUACUUGGAGAGAACUCUGGUCAGCCCUCAUUAACUUGCUGAAGUUUUUGCUGUCAAAUGAGACCACUUUGCUGGCCAAACACAAUAUCUUCCACUUGGCUCUACAGGUUGUAAACCUCUUUAACAUGUUCAUCACAUAUGGAGACACAUUCCUACCUACUCCCAGCAGUUAUGAUGAGCUGUAUUAUGAGAUUGUUCGUAUGCACCAGGUCUUUGACAACCUGUAUUGCAUGGUUCUCAGAGUUUCCACCAACGUAGGCCAGUGGAAGGAGCCUGCUAGUAAAGUCACUCAUGCGCUGGUUAAUGUCAGAGCCAUCAUUAACCAUUUCAACCCCAAGAUUGAGUCCUAUGCUGCUGUGAACCACAUUUCCCAACUUUCAGAAGAUCAGGUUCUAGAAGUGGUGCGCUCCAACUAUGACACACUUACCUUGAAGCUACAGGAUGGGUUGGACCAGUUUGAACGAUAUUCAGAGCAGCCUAAAGAGACAGCCUUCUUCAAGGAACUGGUACGCUCAAUCAGUCUGAAUGUGAGGAAGAAUGUGUCUCUGAACACUCUGAGUCAGGAUGUUCUGUUGAAGGAGUUUUCAUCUAUAUCUUGAGAAUGUUUAUCCACAUUAAGAUAAAACCAAACAAUUAUCUAUUUUGCUUUUUGUACUAAUGUCAUUGUCUGCCCGUUAUUGCUCAGAAUCACACUUGAUUUGACCCCAACAAUCUAUGUAUGUUUGCAGAUUCAAUCAUACUGAUUUAUUGUUCACCAGUAUAUUUUUUUUAUUCAGCAUUUAAUGCAUCUGUUUUUCUGUCAAUGUAUUAUAUAAUUGCCACAAAUAAACUAGGUAAUGGUUUAUUUUACAUUUCUCCACGUUCCUAGGUAGUAACUAGGUAAGUGUGAGAUGCAAACUCCAAAGUACUAGAUCAUUAUUUUGGGUGACAUGAUGGUAAAUUCCAAGACAGUUUAAAUUACCCUUAAAUGCCAAACAGGUUUCAGAUAUGACCUGGGUAAGCACUGAGUACAAAUAAUGGGUAAAAUAAUGUUAGGUAAUAAUAACUGCGCUUUUUUUCUUGUUUUAUUUGUUGCAGGUGAGGCAACCUGAUAAAACCUAAGAGUUACUAAGCAAUUACAAGAAUGAUGUAAUCAAUAGCAACUCACAAUAACACUUAGUCAUACAUGACAGAGCUGCUGGUUAGAAUGGCUUUUGUUAACAGAAUGCUCUUCAGUCAAGUCAUAAUUGCUAUGCCCUGUUCUCCUGGCUGUCUUGAAGUUCAAGACAGUCUUGCUAAAUUACACCAAAAUGAAAUAAAUAAAACAGGUUCUAGCUAUUAAACCCAUGAAGAAUAUAAUAAACUACUACAUAAAUAGUUUGAGUAACAAGGUAGUAAGUACAAACUUGCACUUAAUUUCAGUUACGUUAUGAAUUUAAAAGGACACCAAAUCAGAAACACUUCCAAGCAAUAUGUCGUUAUGACUGAAGGAAAUGGCAAAAGACCAAUAAAACCAUAGUCAUUGCUCUCAACUCUUUGUGUACCACUGUAAUUAGUGAGACUCCCUUGGAGCUCAACAUCAUGUUACAAUUACUUGGUACUUUGGAGUUUAUACCUCACCCUUGGCUUGGUUAAUACCUAGAACCUAAGGGACUAUAAAAAAAAUGUUAUACAAAGUUUAUGUAAUAUAAUACACCCAUAAGUUUAAUGUGUACUGCUGUACUGUUUUUGCAUUCUGUAGAUAUGGAAAAACUAAGUAAAAUGUCUUAAGUGAAUGUUCUGAGUGUAUUAACAUAUGUAGUAACAUAAAAUGUGUUCAUUUUUGCUGGGAAA